CUUUAUAAAAUUACAACUUAUCUAAACAGAUGAAAACGAAUUGAAGUUGUGUGUCACUUUUCGUUUCCAAAACCAAGAGUCUGUUGACGUUACGUAACCGUUGUUAUUAUUGAUACGUCUAAAUAAUCGCCAACAACGUGGAAUUCAGUUUAGAGGAAAAGCGAUAUACUUCUAAGUUUCUAUUUUGGAUAUUUUGUUUUGAAAUACUGAAUUGGCAUUAAUAAAAAGCAAAAAAGAUUGAAAGUGGUUGAGAUCUUCCUUCACAAAUGGAAGAAGAGGAAGAGAGGGUUCAUUUUGAGGAAGAGGAAGUGACAACAAUACGUCGGAAGACGAUUCGUACCCAGAGUACCACUCGGCGGAAGAAACACAGCGAUGCUAAAAGCAGUGCCGGGAAGACGGAAUUCAAACUCAGUCCGUUUAUUCACGGUGCUAAAAAUAGAGACGCUUACACGCCUGGCACCCCGGAGGUUGCUAGGAAACCAGACCGCGUGCAGAAAUUGGUGCAAGAUACACUAAAUGAGUACAAAGGUUCGGAGCUUCCGCAGAAAUGUUCGAACCGAAUAUUCUUGGGGGCGUUCGAUUCAGAUACUGAAGAAGAUGACGGUAUUGAAGAUAUUACUGUUGAUAACAACAAAACUCGUAUAUCAAAGUUGCGAGUGUGGAGCUUCCAAAAAUGUGGGAGGCCGGGCCUUGACAGGUUCAGGAGAAUUGUGGACUUUGUGAUACUUGCUCAAAACGUGUUUACAUGUCGGCGUACCGUGGCACUCAACCGACGAGACAGCAUACUGUUCUUCUUGGACCGACAGGGUACGGCUGACUUUGGAGGUGGUGAGUCCGAGCCUAAAUUUGACCUCAGCGCCUUCAAGAGCUUAGGACAGAAAACUAAAAUGGCGUCGGUGAAAACUUGUCUGGAAAUUCCACCUUCUGAGCGAACAGACGGACAGAUAAACCACAUGAUGCACACUAUGAGAGCAUUCAAGAGGUUUUCCAACUACCCACAGGCAAUACAGACUGGGCUCUGUAAAAAUGGCUGGUAUGCAAAAUUUGAAGCGUCCAAAGUGAUUGUUAAAGAAGGGAACAAAGCUGACUUUUAUUAUUUAAUAUUGUCUGGUAUUGCUGUUUAUCGAGACAUUUCGAUGAACGUGGAUGAAAUGCACAACACACGGAAUGAACUUGUUGCCUCGUAUCUGAAGCCAGGCGACACGCUCGGGGAGAAAGAGAUACUGACGAACUCGGAGAGACCAGCCACUGUCGUCUGCAAGGAACCAGUUGAGGUUCUAGGAGUUGACAGAGAGGCUCUAAUAGACAUAUUUAAAGCAGCAGGGGGUCUAGGCUCUAUAGAGUUUCUCAAGUGUAUACCAGAGUUAUCGGACUUUCCCCUUGAAUUGCUACAGACGUACCAUUUCUCUAUGGCCGUCCAUUACUACAGACGGGGAGCAGUUAUUGCAAAGAACGGCAAUGAAUCAGAAUGGAUCUACAUAGUCAGAUCGGGUUCUUGCCAAGUAUAUAAAGCUAUAAAAGACAAUUAUAAAAAGGAGAGAUAUAUGCAACCGGCCAGUCGUCCAGCUUCCAGCAAUAAAAAGUUACACCGUGAAAGUACAGGACUCCUAUUCCCUAGCAUACAUAAACACAGAAAUGAUAUUUUAAAAAGCUCUUCAACAAUGGAAAUCAAUGAAUUAUCUGAAAAGAAUCAUAGAAAAAAGAAAGCACCAACUCUCGAGAGGUCCCAUACGAUGCUUCCAAGUUUGAAUCCAGGCAAAACUUCAUUAGUGCACAGUUCAUCAACAACAGACACAAACCGACUGAAUACACCAGUACUUCACGAGGUGCACAGAGAAGGAAGUAAAGAAAACACAUCCCCAAACCCUAAAAAGAAAUUUUCGCAAGGCUCACCGAAAGCGUCUAGGAAAAAGCACUCCCCGGAUAUUUUACGCCUGUCCAGAGCUAGUUCAACUUUAUGUGAAACUCCGGACGCGGUCAGAAACACUAGACAAAGUCAUUUAAGAAGUCCGUCUUUGGAAUCUAUUAACCAAAGUAAAUUUCAUAAAAAGAACAGCAGUUCUUCGGGAGAAAGUAUUUUUGAUUCAUCAAGAAGUUCGAACAAUUCCGAAUAUGACACGCAGAAACAGUUACCAAGUUGGCAAGAAAACGGUUCGCCAGUUGAUACAACGGGUUCAAUGUUUUAUGUAAGACUAGGAAAUGUGACUGAGAAAGGAGUGUUCGGGUUGCAUCCCUUAGUUUAUGACGAUAUGCCAAAUCUAAGCCUUGUAAGCAAUGGGGCAGAAUGUGUACUCAUAUCCAAACAGUUUCUUAAAGACCAGAUGACAACAAUAAUCGCACACAGACUUCGCAAUAAAUUACCCCAAUAUCCAAGUUCCGGCCAGUUAAGGAGUGCCCUGGAUGAUCAAAUCAACUGGGAAAGUUAUAGGGAGAAGGUGGUCAGUGCUGUGCUCAAAUAGAAACUGUUUAUACACACAGAAAAAAAUGUAAAUUCGUCAUGUUGUGUUUUGAUCAAUUUUUAAAGAAAAAAUGACGCAUUGACCCCAAAACAUUUAUUUGGCUAUUUUUACAAGGUGCCUUUUAUACAAAGUCUCUUGUCAUGAAGCUUUUAGAUGUAAGUGCAGGUUAUAGAUCAUUUAUUGACAUUCUAAUGCAAUUAAGUUUGCCGGAACGGAGCGCAGCGUAGUUAAGGCGCGCAGCAUAGUGAAGGCAAAACUGAAUGCAUUAGAAUGUCAAUAAAUGAUCUAUAACCGACUUAUAGUUAAAACGCCCGAUUUCAUUUUAUUGAAAGCUUAAAACAAUAAAAAUCUCCGUUUAAAGUAAACUUAAGGUUCCGCGCUUCAGUCUCUUGGAUUGCAUUGGCUAGUCUAAUCUUCGCUCAUGAUCGAGGGGGUACAUUUUUAUUAUGUCUCCCACCACACAGUGGUGUGGGAGACAUAUUGAUUUACUCCUGUCUGUGUGUGUGUCCGUGUGUAUGUGUGUCUGUCUGUCACAAAUUUUGUCCGCGCUCUAAGUCGAACAGUUCUCAUCCGAACUUCACCAAACUUGAAAAAAAUGUGUGUUUGACAAUAAGUCCUCAGCUAACUUCGAUAACUAGCCAAAUCGGCCCAGGCACUUUGGAAUUAUGGCCCUUGAAUUACCGAAAAUCGCUCUGUGCACUAAUGUCCGCGCUCUAAGUCGAACAGUUCUUAUCCGAUCUUCACCAAACUUGAACCAAAUGUGUUUGCCAAUAAGCCCUCAGCCGAGUUCGAUAACUAGCCAAAGCGACCCAGCCACUUCGGAAUUAUCGCCCUUGAAUUACCGAAAAUCGCUCUGUACACUGAUGCCAGUGAUACAUAUAUUGGUAUAUGGCUGACUCAGAUACAUAAUGGAGAAGAAAUACCAAUCUAUUAUGAUUAGGCAGUUGUGGGAGACAUGCGCUUUUCUCAAAAGCAGCUCUAGUUAAAAGGUCAUUUUGAUUUUAUCAGCAAUUUGUAUUUUGCAUUUGUUCCGCCUCCUUGAAUAUUGUUGAUUCAAAGUAGGGAAUUUCCAUCAGUUUUGAACCACUUCGUGAUUAAGUGACUCUUGAAAAAAAAUGAUUAGUUAUUGUCAUCACUUGAUCGGCGUCGGCGUUGCCUGGUUAAGUUUUAUGUUUAGGUCAGCUUUUCUCCUAAACUAUCAAAGGUAUUGCUUUGAAACUUGCAACACUUGUUCACCAUCAAUAGCUGACCCUGUACAGCAAGAAACAUAACUCCAUUCCGCUUUUUGAAAGAAUUAUGGCCCCUUUUGGACUUAGAAAAUCAGAUUUCUUGGUUAAGUUUUAUGUUUAGGUCAGCUUUUCUCAUAAACUAUCAAAGCUAUUGCUUUACAACUUGCAACACUUGUUCACCAUCAUAAGCUGACCUUGUACAGCAAGAAACAUAACUCUGUCCUGCUUUUUGUAAGAAUUAUGGCCCCUUUUGGACUUAGAAAAUAUCAGAUUUCUUGGUUAAGUUUUAUGUUUAGGCCAGCUUUUCUGAUAAACUAUCAAAGCAAAGCUAUUGCUUUAAAACUUGCAACACUUGUUCACCAUUAUAAGCUGACCCUGUAGAAGGAGGGAUAUAUUGUUUUGCAUUGGUUUACGGAUAAUAAAUCAAGGCCUAGGAUCAUGAAAGUUGAUAGGGAGGUUGGUCAUGACCAGCAGAUGACCCCUUUUGAUUUUGAGAUCAGUAGGUCAAAGGUCAAGGUCACAGUGACCUGGAACAGUUAAACGGUUUCUGGAUGAUAACUCAAGAACGCUUGGGCCUAGGAUAAUGAAAGUUGAUAGGGAGGUUGGUCAGGACCAGCAAAUGACCUCUGUUGUUUUUUUUUGGUCAGUAGGUCAAAGGUCAAGGUCACUGCGACCCAAAACAGUUAAACGGGUUUCCGGAUGAUAACUCAAGAAUUGGCUUAUGAUCAAGAAAUUUGAUAGGUUGAUUGUUCAUGACAGCAGAUGACACCUAUUGAUUUUGAGGUCAGUGGGUCAAAGGUCAAGGUCAUAUUGACCCGGAACAGUUAAACGGGUUUCCAGAUGAUAACUCAAAAGCGCUUAGGCCUAGGGUCAUGAAAAUUCAUUAGGAGGUUGAUGAUGACCAGCAAAUGACUCCUAUUGAUUUUGAGAUCAGUAGAUCAAAGGUCAAAGUCACAGUGACCCGGAAAAGUUAAACGGUUUCCGGAUAAUAACUCAAGAACGCUUGGGCCUAGGAUCAUAAAAGUUGAUAUGGAGGUUGGUCAUGACCAGCAAAUGACCCGUAUUGAUUUUGAGGUCAGUGGGUCAAAGGUCAAGGUCACAGUGACCGGGAACAUUUAAACCAUUUCCGGACCAUAACUUGAGAAUGCUUGGGCCUAGGAUCAAGAAAAUUAAAAGGGAGGUUGAUCAUGACCAGCAGCUGACCUCUAUUGAUUUUGAGGUCAAAGGUCAACGUCACAGUGACCCGGAACAGUUAAACGGUUUUCGGGCGUUAACUUGAGAACGCUUAGGCUUAGGAUCUCUAAACUAUAUAGGGAGGUUGAUUAUGACCAGCAGAUGAUCCCUAUUGAUUUUUAGGUCAGUAGGUCAAAGGUCAAGGUCACAUUGACCCAGAACAGUUAAACCGUUUCUGGACGAUGACUUGAGAACGCUUAGGCCUAGGAUCACAAAACUUAAUAGAGAGAUUGAUCAUGACCAGUAGAUGACCCGUAUUGAUUUUGAGGUCAAUAGGUCAAAGGACAAUUUCACAUUGACCCAGAACAGUAGAACUUUUUUGCCAAAUAAUUAGAGAAUGCUUUGGUUUAAGAUCACAUUUGAUACUGAGGUCACUUAUGACUGGUAAAUGACCCAUGUGAGGUCAGUAUGUCAAACGUCCAGUGCACAGUAAACAAAUAAUUUCUGUUCUAUGUCCAGUUACUGAAUGCAUCAAGGGGGCAUUUCGUGUUCUACGAGCUCUUGUUUGAAAAUCCUUCGCUUGUCAUUGGUUAAAAAAGAUGUUUGAACUAUAAAUAGAGUAAAAUGAUGUCAAACAAUAUUUUUGUCUAUUUUCAGAAUAAAAUGAUGUCAAAUUACAUUCAGUAUUUUAUGUUUAAGGAAAAUUGACGUUUGUUAAUGUUCUGAUCAAUUUAUUAAGUUAAAUGACAUCAAGGUGUACUUAUUCACGUCAAACCAUGUCUUUAUCUUGUAUUAAAUAUAAUUUACAUUAAAGGUAUAUUAGACCUAAUUCAUAUUUGAAAAUAUGAAUUGUGUCUUCUUACUACCUAUAUAAGUAAACAUGAAACAUGUUUGUGCGUGUAAACAUUAAUGCGUUUACGGUUUAUAAUAUUACAGUAAUAAAAUAUAUGUAUAGCUAAACAAUAUAAAUGUGUACUACCAUUAAAAACAACAAAUGACUGUUACACAUGGCAUUGUGCUCUACAAACACAGCUUAAGUAUAUGAGCCGCACCAUGAGCAAACCAACAUAGUGCGUUUGCGACUAGCAUCCGCGCAGUCUGGUCAGGAUCCAUGCUGUUCGCUUUCAAAGCCUAUUGCAAUUAGAGAAACCGUUAGCGAACAGCAAGGAUCCUGACCAGACUGCGCGGAUGCGCAGGCUAGUCUGGAUCCAUGCUGGUCGCAAACGCACUAUGUUGGUUUUCUCAUGGCGCGGCUCAUAUAUGUUUUGUCAAUUUUAGUUUAUUUAUGAUGAUUUUCUACAUUUGAAUUUAGCAUCUAAAAUUGAACUAUUUUAGUGGAAGAUACUCAAUGUUUAUCUUUAAAUAUAAUAGGACAUAAACACAUCUUAUGGCAAGAGAUAUGAUCAUUAACUUCGGGGUUUUGCAUACAUAAAAGGAAGAAACAACGAUCAAUUUUGCGGCGCUUAUAAGAAUAUUAAUUAGACGCAACCAGGUCCUGAAUACUUUGAUGAACGUAUCUGAUAAUUCGGUAUUCAGAAACAUGUAUUUCGAAAGAAAGAAACAUUUGUUGCUUCUAAGUACGGUUAUGAAGAAAUCUCUUUUCAAUGAGUUAGAUAUAGCUCAAAACCGACAUUUGAUUCCUUGGUUUAACUUUCAUAAUAACAUCAUUUUGAACAGCGCUUUUUGAUACGAAAAAAUGAACUUAACCAUUGAAGAUAAAACGAAAGGAUUACAUUUGGACGUGUGACAUGUUUUCAUUUUAUCUUGUAUAUGCAAACAUGCCGAAAAGGCAUUAGAUUUAAAGUUUUGGGAGGUUUUUUUUGUUGUAAAUAUCGGUGUCUGUUCCCUUUAAAUAUCUGAUUUGGUACUUGAAAAGUGUUUUUUUUUAUGUUUCAUAAACAUGUCAGUUUGAAAAUAUAAGCUUGAUUCAAACAAAUAUGACAAUCCAAAUUGUAUUUGCUUAAAUUUGUAUAUCUACGUUGAUUUAAUGUUUUCAUGAAGUAGACUGAAGUAGUUAUUAAAACAAAAAAAAUCAGACUUUUAUUAUAUUUAAGUUCACAUGAAAAUGUGUCACUAAUAGGAAAUGAAAGUGCAGUUGCGUGCACGCUAUUUCCCUACUCGUUUAAACUUAGAGAUAUUAAAAUAUCGGCCAUGUCUGUGUUGCGACAAAUGAGGAGCUAAAUUAAAUGUAAAGUACCAGUAAAACAGAAUUUCAUUUGCUUUUUUAUCGGAUUUUAGGUAUUUAGCUUACACUGUAAUAAGGUGCACAGUAGAGAAAAAGUCACAGUUGAUUAUAAAUAUUGUCAUACACCAAACAAAAUUCAUAAUCCAUCGGGCAGCUACUGCUGCAGAGUCUGUACACUGGUUUAAGCAGAAAUCUCUCCAUUUAGCACCGGGAUACAUUUAAGCUAUUUCCAUGGUUAAAGUUUAAAGAUAUCCAAUGUACACCUUUAACUAAUAUUCGUAUUUUUAGAUACUAAGUUUAAAUGCAGAAAAUUCUCAUCAGAUGAAUUAAAUAUGACUAAAUGUAUAAAGUAACUGUGAUUAGAGAGCUAAAUUUACAAUUUAGGGGCCCCGUGGCCGAGUUGGUAAUGUCGCUGACUUCAAAUCUCUUGCCCCUCACCGAUGUAGGUUCGAGCCUCAUUCGGGGCAUUUAAUUCUUCCUGUGAGGAAGCCAUCCAGCUGGCUUAUGAAAGGUCGGUGGUUCUACCAAAGUACCCUCCUGUGACGAAAUAAUGCACGGAGGGGCACCUUGGGUCUUCCUCCACCAUCAAAGCUGGAAAGUCUCCAUAUGAUCUGCAUUGUGUCGGUGCGACAUUAAACCCAACAAAACUAAACUAAACAUUUACAAUUAAAUGUCAUUUUAACAGUCAUUUGUUAAAAAAGCCUAAAAGGUUUGUCUUAGUGGUCGUACACAUUUAUUUCGCGCUUUGAUAUACAAGUGUAAGUGUUUAUCAUUUUAAACUUAACAGUUGUUAUUGUUUGUGAACUCAAACAUGUUAUGCUAUGUUUAUAUAGAUAUCAUAAAGUAAUUGUCUGAUAUAUCUUUAAAAGCUAUGUUGCAAAAGUUUGGUCCUAGCAGUGAACUGAUAAUGUAGAACAGUCAUUAUCAUGCACAUUUUGUAUAUUGUUGCAAAAGCUGUUAAGCCUAAGGAAGAAAAAGCUGUUUUGCAAAACAGUCAAUGUCUCGUUGAUAUUGCAAAAACGUCAGGAUUUCUUCAGCACGUCGGUCAUACGUGUAAAACGAAAGAAUAUUCAGUUAUUGAUAGUUAUAUAUUAAAAUAAAUGUACAUACUUUAUAUCCUAACAUGAUUAGCCGUAUAUCAAAACAAUAUUUGAAUGCCCCUCGUAUUUAUUCAACCCUUUAAGCAAGUUAUUUUUUAUCAUACAGUCAUAGGAAAACGUUUUUUCAUUUUAUUUCCCUUUACCAAUAAGGUUGAAAAAAAUGUUUUUUAUGAUUAUGUAUGUAACCUUAUUACUGUGAAGAUACAGUAUAAACUUUAUUUUGUUUUAUCAUUUUAAAAAAUGUAUUUAUUGCUUUAAAAGUUGUGUGUACUGAUUUUAAACUUUAUUACUGUCAUUUCAUUUUACUAAAUAAAAAUCAAAACUUA